AACGACUCUGAAGCGAAUGUCAUCUCGACCGAAAAGAAGGCGCUGCCAUGGUCGCGAAGUCACCGAACAUCGUGUGACGCGUGCAAACAGAUGAAGAUAAAAUGCCAAAGAAAGGACAAGGAAAGUUGCGCGCGAUGCAUUGCCCGAAAACUACACUGUACUACAACACCAGUGAAGAGCAAGAGGCAAAAAUGGACCGAUGAGAGAGAGUCAUACUUUCAUAAACUGGAGAACCGAAUUAAGCGCAUGGAGUCCGCUAUAAUUACUCCAGGGCUGCAUAGGACAGCAGAGCUGGUAGAAGGGGGGGAAAAAGAAAAGAGUUCCUUUGAUGAAAUUGAAAACCAGGCCAGACUGUCCAAUCACCUCUCGAACCUAGUUGUCGAUUCUAACGGGUCUUCCAAUUUCAUCGGGCGGGCUUCUGGUUUCUCACUAUUCUCUCCACAAGGAAUCCGGUGGAUUUCGGAAAAGGUGGGUGACAAGGACGAGCUAGCUCAGCUGUAUCGCCUGUUCUCCAAACGUGAUUAUGGUAUUUGGGGUCACGCCGAUGCCAAUCUCUGGCAGCCUAUCCCACAGUCACAACAAGCGCCGCUUCCCUCGAAGGAUAUUGCGUUACAAUACGUGAAUUGCUUCUUUCUAACUUUUAACAACGCCUUCCCGAUCAUCAAUCAGGAUGUGUUUAACUCGUACCUUGAACAACAAUACUCUACAAACCCUCCGGCAGGCACUGCAUGGUACGCACUGUUUAAUGCCGUAUUGUGCCUGGGGAGUAUCAGAACAAAAGGCGAGCGAAGACGUAGCUUCCUCAUCGACUAUACAUCAAAUUGCCACGAGACCGGUGUCGAGUAUUUCCGCAACGCAAGCUGCUGUUUCCACGACUUGAUCUUUAAGGAGGCCAACCUGAUGGCAAUGCAAGCUAUGACUCUCAUGCUGUUCAUCACAACCUCAAGCCCCAAUCCACAACCUGCCUACGUAAUGGCGUCCGCAGCUGGGAAUUUAGCGAAUACUCUAGGCCUUCACCGGAGUUUAGACGGCUUCGGCCUCGCUCCAGCGGAAAUCGAGCAACGACGAAAUGUCUUUUGGGUAUUCUAUAUGCUGGAAAAGGCAAUAAGCCGGAACCUAGGCCGGCCAUCUGUCAUAAAUGAUGAUGAUAUUGCUGUUGCACUACCACCCAAGCAACCUCAACUCAUACAGUCCCCCAACAGAGCAAGAGUUUAUGAUAUCUUCCAGGAUCAGAUUAGGCUAGCUAUCAUCGGAAGUCGCAUAUACAGCGAAUUAUACUCGGCAAGUGCACAAACGAAAUCAGAAGUGCAUCGCAUGAAGGUUCUAGGCACACUGGACGACCAUCUCCAGCGCUGGCGAGAUUGUUUACCCGUUGAAAUUCGACCAGAGCAUCCAAUCAAUUGCUCGCAUGAGCAGUAUGUCCAGGUGGCUAUGAUGCACUUUACUUACCUGGACGCAGUGAUACUGCUACACCGGGUAGCAGGGAAUCAGGAGUCAUUCGAAGAUGAAAAUGUCGCCAGAAUGAAUGCAAGCCAAUUGCUCUGCCUCGCUGCUGCGCGUAGAUCGAUUCAACUCCUAGAUACAUUUAGCGCCAACAAUAUGCAAAACCAGCAUAUCAUGUGGCUGGCACUUUAUUACUCGCUAAGUGCGAGUCUCGUUCUCUUCACGAAUAUACUCUCAAACCCACAGCACCAGCAUGCCGCUUCCGAUGUCCGAUUAAUGAAUCUGAUCAUUUCGUUCAUCACUCACUCUGUCAAACCAGGCUCUUCGUUCGCCGCCACUCCGACUGUGAGCGUGUUCAAAGAGCUCUUCGGUAUUGCCACACGGCUUGUGCAAUCUAGCCAGAAAGUGAAGAGAAUUCCUGAAGGGGAUGACCCGCGAACCACGACAUCGUUGGCUCCGCACAAUUCAACAACUGACGCCGAAACUGAAAUAUCCGCAAGACCUUCCCUUGUAUACGACGAACCUCCUUUGCAAGAAUUCACCGACAAUAGCCCCCUAGAAUUCGCGCCAUUCAUUAUUCCUGAAUCGAGUCAGUUCGACUACAAUUCGACAUUAAGCGAUUCUCUACUCUCGGCCACGACAUUUGAUUGGGACAUGGUUAACACAUGGAUGCCGAACCUCGCGGCCGGUCCAUGGCCUUUGGCAGAGACAGACGCUAACAUGGACGAUGGGUUUGAUUACUUUUAUGAUGAUGACUUCAACAUAUGAACUGGGAUGCACUGUUGAGUUAGGCAUACUAUACUAGUAUAUAAGUGUA